AUGUUUUCCUGGAUAACAGGCCCGCGCAUUACCAAUGCGAUCGAAGACCUGCAGCCAGACCAUGGGUACGAAAACACUUUUAUCGACGCGCCGGAGACGCCCGCACAUCAGUUCGCCGUGAAGGCCCUCAAGCGCGCCGUGUUCGGAACCCCGGCCGUAGACGACACGAAUAACGCAGGCAAGAGGUUGCAAAAGAAGCAAUCGCCAGACCUCGCGACUUCGAAAGUACCUGUAAUCGCCGCUCCAAAGGAAGAUGCGCCGCCUGUCUCGCCGUCCAAGUUGCCUGGAGGCAUCUUGAUGACCCCGGGGACCGCGAACAAGGGACGCAAGUCGGUCAAGUUCGGUGCACACGUGGUUGACAACGAAGGAAGGCGAGGCAAUGCUGGUCGUAGCGGCAUGCCUAGUGACUGUCCGGGCAAAUUCCCAAGCCCAUGGACUCCUGGUACAGAGCUAAAACCGACUGCAGAUAGCGAACAGAAACCUCGCACGAAGCUCACGGCAGCACUGAUGGAUGCAAGGACUACUACCCAGCCGAGGAGCGGCCAGAAACCGAAAGCAAGAGAUGACAGCGAUAUCACAAUGGACCUUGGCGCACCGCGCUCGGACUCUGGCAAAUACUGGAAGGAGCAAUAUGAGGAAUACACUGCGCGGAGCGAAAAAGAGGUGAAGAAGCUGAUUGCCAAACAGCAGCUAGCUAAGAACUAUGCCAUGAAGAAGGACGGUGAGGUCACGGAGCUGUUCACGAAGCUUGAGCAAGAACGAAAACGAUUUCGGCGGCGCGAACAAGAGCUGGAGCAGCAAAAUAAGGAUUACCAAGAGCGACUUCGCCAAGCCAUGGCCGAGAAGCUGUCUGCAGGCAUCGAGAUUACAGCACUCAAGAACCGCAUCGCGACCUUGGAGAAGUCGCUGACUGCAACGUCGUCUGACUUGCAGGAAGUCAAGUCGUCGUCUUCGUUCCAAAUAUUCGAAGAUACCGGCAAAAACUCAGAAGCCUUACGAGCUGAGCAGGACAGACUUGCGGAUGCUUCGUAUCUUUCUCAGAAAGUUCGUGUCGUAUCGAUCGGCAAAGAAAACUCUCCACCUAAGCCUCGUCAUGUCCGACGUCAGACUAUGCCAGAGCCAUCAUCAUCCGUGCCGCAAGCGUCGCUCUCAGUGACACCACGGCUAGGUGUGGCAGCUGGAGACGUAUCAACAAUAUUAGGGAGACCACCACGCAUCGCAGCUCACGAAGCCGCACCUGCCGCAAUAUCGGCAUCCGCUUUGAAGUCUGCGGAACCUGCCUCGACCUCGAGCCUCAGUAUCCGCAAACAUAAUGUGAGCCAGCAGAAUCCACCACCCAAAUCACCCGCUCCGGCCGCUCCUUCAAGUCCGCUUCCGCAGCCUUCACCCGAUCCAUGGAUGAUGGGCGCCGACGAAAGUUCGAUUGCACCAUACGAUAGGCUGGCACUUCCAGUGGGUGGAGGUAGUGGGUCUCAUUCCAGGCCUACCAGACCUAUGCACACCCGCCGCCACGAACCUUCAAAAUCCAUAUCCCAAGCUCCAACGGCCGAGCGGCCGAGACGAUCCCACAGAACUGAAGAAUCUGACUUGUUCAAACCAAUUCCAGAGGCACUCAUAGUCAAGGCCAGCAAGUCCGAGAAGCCCAGAGUCGCCACGAGUAGCACCGAGACUACACAAGCUCCAGCCAAAGCUAGUGAAAAGCUGACGACAAACGCUCGUAAUAUUGAGGACAUCAAGGCGUCCAGUACCUCGCCUACAGAUCCGAAGUUUGACAUCUCUAAGAUUACUGGUCACCAUGCGGAGGGAUCUUCGGAGGAGAAGAAAGAGCGUUGGCAGACACUACCGGUCGAUCGCAAAGAGGAGGCAAGGAGGAGAUUAGCGGAGCGGAAGCAGAAGAAGUUGCUGGCCAAGUGA